CCUAUAUAUAUAUAGAUAUAAGGAAAAGGAAUGCAAGUACAAAGAGAGAACACAGCAAAUCCAGUUAGCAGAAUGGGACAUUAAUGACUGAUACAUCGCCAUUGUUUUUCAUUUAUCUAUUUCUCUUAUCUUUCGUUGCUAUUUCACCUAAAACCCUAGAAAUCACCGCAAAUCAACAUUCAGAUUUCUCUGUAUUGCUUCUGAAUUUUCAAUCUCAGAUCGAGUCAAUUCCGUAACCCACACCAGUUGAUGCGAUGGUGGUCUGCAAAUGUCGCAAGGCAACCAAGUUAUACUGUUUCGUGCACAAGGUCCCUGUUUGCGGAGAAUGUAUAUGUUUCCCGGAACACCAAAUAUGCGUGGUCCGUACUUACUCAGAAUGGGUAAUAGAUGGAGAGUAUGAUUGGCCUCCUAAAUGCUGCCUUUGUCAUGGUGUACUUGGAGAGGGGACUGAUUCUUCAACUACUAGAUUGGGUUGCUUGCAUACUAUACAUACAAAUUGCUUGGUUUCACAUGUUAAAAGUUUUCCUCCGCACACUGCGCCAGCUGGAUAUGUGUGUCCUGCCUGUUCCAUUUCGAUAUGGCCUCCAAAAACUGUCAAAGAUUCAGGAUCCCGUCUUCAUUCAAAGCUGAAGGAAGCAAUUAUGCAGACUGGUCUGGAGAAGAACUUGUUGGGAAAUCAUCCAACUGAAUCCCGUGGACCUCCUCCUGCUUUUGCCUCAAAUCCACUGAUUCAUACAUCUGUAGCCAAAGAUGCUGAAGGAUACUUGGCUACAGCUGGAAUAGGUUCUACUAAAUCUUCAGUCACAGAUAUUGUGGAGAUAGAUGGUCCCAGUUCUGCGAGUCCAUCCCUAUCCAAUCAUGAUUCCAAUUUCAUGAAAAGCACAAGCCCUUCUGGUCCUGGGGCUACUACACGAAAGAACGCAUUCCAAGUUGACAAGCAAAACUCUGAAAUUUCAUAUUUUGCGGAUGAUGAAGACGGGAAUCAGAAAAAAUAUACAAAAAGGGGUCCCUUCCGCCAUAAGUUUCUUAGGGCAUUGCUACCUUUCUUGUCGAGUACAUUGCCAAUUCUUCCAGUGACUGCACCACCACGAAAAGAUGCAUCACAUGCAGAAGAUGUCCCAGAAGGUCGCUCACGGCAUCAGAGAUCUUCAAGGAUGGAUCCAAGAAAAAUCCUUCUCAUCAUAGCAAUCAUGGCAUGCAUGGCUACAAUGGGUAUUCUGUAUUACAGACUUGCACAACGUGGUUUUGGUGAGGAGCCUGAUGAGGAGCAGCAGUGAUCAAUCUUGUACAGAUUGUGAUGGUGGCACCUGUUGUGGUACAUGUUUUCCGGACAUUCUGGUCCCUUCUUGCUUCUGCUCAGCAGCCACUCCCUUGUGUGAAACUGGGGCUGGUUUAUUGCCAGACAUACAAGUUGAGACUUUUGCUACAAAGAAUUUUCAUGUCUCUGAAAACAGAAAUGUUACAUAUGCUUUCUUGCUCGAUA